AUGUCAAAAACUUUUACACUAGAUGAGAAGAAACGGUUCAAUGGUACAAUUGAACAUAUAGAUAAUACAGAUAAUCAUACUAAUGAUAAAUCUAAAUUUAUUAAUGUAGAUGAGGAGCUGUUAAUGGCUGAGGGUGAAGAUAAAAUCACACCUUACAUUAUUUUCGUUUGUUCCACAGCAGCUGUCGCUGGGUUUAUGUUUGGUUAUGAAACUGGUAUUAUUGGAAGUAUUACUGUUGCAGUAGGAAUGGAUCUGGGAGUAGACAUCAACGAAAGCGAAAACAGUGACAAGAAGGAGGUUAUCACCGCGAUGACGGUUGCUGGUGCUUUCAUUUGUUCGAUAUUUGCUGGUGCUUUAAGUGAUAAGAUUGGACGUAAAUGGGUCCUCGUCAUUAGUGACAUCUGCUACUGCAUUGGUACUGUUAUCUUUGGUGCAUCAUACUCAGUAGCUCAAGCUGCCGUUGGUAGAUUGGUUCUAGGUUUUGGAGUUGGUAUGUCUUCCUGUAUUGGUCCUAUGUAUAUCUCUGAGAUUAGUCCAACACAAUUACGAGGUACCUUAGUAACUAUCAAUUCUGUCACCAUCACAUUCGGUCAAGUCGUAGCAUAUGGCCUUGGAGCUGCAUUGUUGCAUGCACCUAAAGGAUGGAGAAUUAUGCUGGUUUUAGGUGCCGUUCCUGCCAUAUAUCAAGCUAUUGCAAUUCACCUGUUACCUGAAUCUCCUCGUUACCUUCUUACCAAAAACAAGACUGAAGAAGCUUAUAAUGCUAUUGCGAGAAUGUAUCCGCGUGCCUCUCAAGAGGAACUCGCUUUGAAGUUUGAUAUACUCACUGCUAAUGUCGACGAGAGCGUUCGUUUGGCAAAGCAAAACACUACAAGGACACUCAUCAGGAAAUUAUUUACCAUUCCAAGGAAUCUCAGAGCUCUGACGCUUGCAAUGACCCUUCAAGCUACUCAGCAGCUCAGUGGUUUCAACGGUUUGAUGUAUUUCGCACCUACGAUCUUCCAAACUUUAGGAUUCGAAAAUGCAGCAACCGGUGGUCUAGUUAUUGCUGGUGCUAAUUUUGUGUUCACUGGUUUGGGUAUGCUCUUGGUCGAUAGAGUCGGUCGUCGUCCGCUAGUAGCAUACUUUAGUUGCCCUGGUACUAUACUUGGUUGUGUCUGGUGCAUAGUAUCAAUGUAUUUUCUCACCAAAGACACUGGUUUCCAAUUAGAGAAUAACUUCCCGUAUGAUUCAGGAAAACAGAUAGUUGUCAUCAUUGGCUUCGUUUUCUAUAUAGCAAUGUAUGGUACUGGAUUAGGACAUGUACCUUGGACAAUGUCAGACCUGUUUUCUCUUGAAGUGCGUGGUAUUGGAACUGGAAUAGGGACUUCUACUAACUGGGCGUGUAACUUGAUUAUUAGUGAAUCAUAUCUCUCUAUGCAGAAAGGAAUGACGCCAUCUGGUACUUUCGGAUUAUUUGCUGGUUUUAUAUUCUGUGGAUGGGUGUAUUUAGGAUUUUGCUACCCAGAAACAACAGGUCUGCAACUUGAAGAAGUUCAGGAUAUCUUAGCAGAUGGAUUUGGCGUUCGCAAGUCGAUGGAGCUUAGGAAAACCAAGAGAAAAGCACUUAAAGCGAUGAAAAACACCAACAUCGACCAGAUUGAUCCAGAAUCCAAAUAAUUUACGCUGUAUUUCUACGACACUGUAUUCUAUUUUUAUAUUGC